GAAUUUGUCAUUUGGUUUCUUAUAUAAUUACCAACUCUUCAGUCAAUACUUUCAGUCUUUUAAAAGCAAAUAUUAAUCCAAUAGUCAGUAAAUAACUAACAAAAAAGUUAUUUAAAAUGAAAUUUGGAUUAAUAUUAGCCCUGAUUUCAAUCGGGGUUUUGAUUGAAGCUAAAAGAGAGCCAAAGUUUGCGCCAUAUAUUGACGUCACGGCAGCGAAAGACUUUAAAUUAGUUGAUUUGAAGAAUAAAUAUGGUGUAAAAGCGGUUUCAUUGGCCUUUGCUUUGGGUGGGACUGCGGGUUGUGUGCCGAUGUGGGGCGGACAGACACCUAUAGACAACCCAAACAUAAUCAAUGAGAUUAAGGCGUUUAGAGCGGCCGGCGGUGAUGUCAUUGUCUCCACCGGCGGUGCUUUGAAUCCCUAUUUAGAGACGUCUUGCGGUUCGCCCGCGGCGUUGGCCGCCGCUUACCAAAGAGCCCUAUCGGUGACC